GAUGGUGUCAUGCCAGUGAAAGACUCUGUAGUACUUAAAAGACGCAAAUGCAAUCAUUGAUUUAAUUUCUUUGCGCUGUGAGAAAUCUCUUUCUUUGUCCAGACCUAUCCAACGCCGGACAGGGCCCAGAGCUCACCCACAAUUGUCAUCCACCCAUUAGUAAGGUUGAAAGCUGUCGGAAACGUGAUCGGGAGACCUUGGCUGGAGCAUCCCACUAACCUCAACAUCUCCAACAACCCCACCGUUCGCCCUUUUGCCUGUUGACGCGCCAUUUCCCACCAUCUUGGAACCCCAACCUACAUCUGUCCAGGAGAACACCAGCAGCUCCGGGAGAAAAAAAGAAAAGAAAGAAAUAGUCCCAGGAAAUACUUCGAUUGACACGCAAUCAACAUGUCUGAUCAAGCAGUUGGUGACUUCGGCCUUAUUGGUUUGGCCGUCAUGGGCCAAAACCUCAUCUUGAAUGCCGCCGAUCAUGGCUUCACCGUUGUCGCCUUUAACCGAACAGUGUCGAAAGUUGAUCGGUUUCUAGAAAACGAAGCCAAAGGCAAAUCGAUUGUCGGAGCUCAUUCCAUCCAGGAAUUUUGCGCAAAGCUCAAGCGGCCCCGCCGGAUCAUGCUGCUGGUCAUGGCCGGUAAACCCGUUGACGACUUCAUCGAUGCCCUUCUCCCCUACGUCGAGCCUGGCGAUAUCAUCAUUGAUGGUGGAAAUUCCCACUUCCCCGACAGCAAUCGUCGUUGCAAAUAUCUCAAGGAGCGCGGAAUCCGGUUCGUCGGAACUGGCGUGUCGGGUGGUGAGGAAGGAGCCCGCUACGGCCCUAGCUUGAUGCCGGGAGGAAACGAGGAAGCUUGGCCAUAUAUCAAGGACAUUUUCCAGAGCAUUGCUGCCAAAAGCUAUGGCGAGCCAUGCUGCGAUUGGGUCGGAGACGAAGGUGCGGGCCACUACGUCAAGAUGGUCCAUAACGGUAUUGAAUAUGGCGACAUGCAACUUAUCUGUGAGGCGUACGACAUCAUGAAACGAGGCCUAGGAAUGACUGCAGCAGAAAUGGGUGACGUUUUUGAGAAAUGGAACAAGGGCGUCCUUGACUCGUUCUUGAUUGAGAUCACCCGUGACGUUUUACGCUAUAACGACGAGGAUGGGAAGCCACUGCUGGAGAAGAUUCUGGAUACCGCUGGGCAGAAGGGAACUGGCAAAUGGACGGCCAUCAAUGCCCUUGACCUUGGUAUGCCGGUGACCUUGAUCGGUGAAGCUGUUUUCGCUCGCUGCCUGAGCGCUUUGAAGAGUGAGCGCGUACGCGCUAGCAAGAUCCUCGGUGGCCCUAAACCCGAGUUCUCCGGCGAUCGUCAGGAGUUUAUCGCGAACCUGGAGCAAGCCCUUUACGCCUCAAAGAUCAUUUCUUAUGCACAAGGUUUCAUGCUUAUCCAGAAUGCUGCCAAGGAGUAUAACUGGAAAUUGAACAAACCAUCAAUCGCACUGAUGUGGCGUGGAGGAUGCAUCAUCCGCUCCGUCUUCUUGAAGGACAUCACCAACGCGUACCGCAACGACCCAGACCUAGAGAACCUUCUGUUCGACGACUUCUUCAACAAGGCCAUCCAUACGGCGCAACCUGGAUGGCGUGAUGUUGUCAGCAAGGCAACCUUAUGGGGAAUCCCUACUCCAGCCUUCUCGACCGCCCUCAGCUUCUACGACGGCUACCGCUCGCACGACCUCCCGGCGAACCUUCUCCAGGCCCAACGUGAUUACUUUGGUGCACAUACCUUUUUAAUCAAGCCUGAGUGUGCCAACGAGAGAUACCCGGCAGGACAGAACCACCACGUCAACUGGACUGGGCGAGGAGGAAACGUCUCGGCAUCAAAUUAUCAAGUCUAAUUGUGCCAUGUUUGCAGUUUAAUUCCAGAUGACCUGCCAUCGCCAAAAGGCUGAAAAGCUCAGGAUAAAAGGCUCGAAAUCUCAAAGAUCAAAGCUCAAAAUGGGCCAUGUUUCAUGACAACUCUUGACAUCAAUGACGCAUUUUUGGAUGCGCUGAUGGAUUUGCUGUAUUUUAGUUAAACUAUUCUAUUCCUUUAUCUCCAUGAGUAAAAGACAGUGUAAGACAAAACAGGAGAUGCCAUUGUUCAAAG